AGCACUGGGGACAAAGUGCUGUGCUCUUCCCUCCUGCGGCGCAGGGUAUAAAACCUCCCGGGGGGCUGCGACCUGCCUGCAGCUCUCUGCCUGCAGUCGAGGGGGCCCCGGGCCGCUGCAGUACCCGGCACCAUGGCCACGGGUGAGCUGACAGAGCUGGAGACGGCCAUCGAGAAGAUCAUCACCGUCUUCUUCACCUACGCGGGGAAGGAGGGCAAGAAGGGCACGCUGACAGCCAGUGAGUUCAAGGAGCUGGUCCAGCUCCAGCUGCCCAACCUGAUGAAGGACGUCCCCUCCCUGGAGGAGAAAAUGAGAGAGCUGGAUGUGAACAACGACGAGGAGCUGAAAUUUGGCGAGUACUGGCGGCUGAUCGGGGAGUUGGCAAAGGCCAUGCGGAGGGAGAAAGCGGGGAAGAAGUGAUGGGGUUGUGGGGAGACUCGGCUGACGCGGAGAUAAUAAAAGAGGU